AAACAACUGGCAGCUGCUGCGGAGGGAACAGCAGACAUGGCGGCGGCGCUAGUGCGGCUGGUGACGGCCUUUCUGCUCCUCGCCGCCCAGGUCACCUGUGAGUAUGGCAUGGUGCACGUGGUCUCCCAGAGCGGAGGCCCCAAAGGCAAGGAUUACUGCAUCCUGUACAACCCACAGUGGGCACACCUGCCACAGGACCUCAGCAAGGCGGUGAGUACCUGCCGCUCUGACUGUGCCCUCUGCACCGCUCUGACCAGCCAUCUCACCUGCUGUGCCGUCUGCUGUUCCCAUCUGGCCUGUGCAGGAGCAGCCUGCAGGAAAAGACUUGAGUCAGGAUGGUAGGGAGCCACACAGAGGCAAGAAAUGGUCCUGGCUGGGCAGCCACCUGCCACUUGCCUAGGGCAUCCUUGGAUGAGCUCCACGCCCCUCAUACCUCAGGCUCUGUGGUCAUAAAUGACAGCUGCCAAGGGGGUGUUGACAGACUGCCCUGCGGGAGAUGUGGCUGCACUGCAGUUGGUGGAGUACCAUUGCUACUGCUCCACUCCAGCGUCUGUGGAGGGUCAGGACAGAGAGGGGUCUUGGGGAGUGAUAGCAGUGAGGCCCUGCUCAGCCUUUUCCUGUACUGUCCUCCCUCCCCACGUGGCCUCCACUCUAGGCCCACGGCUGACUGUCCAUCUCGCACCUCUGAGACUCAUGCGUCCUUCUCUGCCCAUGUCCUCCUGUCCCUCCCACCCAUGUUUACAGCAGACCCAGGAAUACUGGGGCCCAUGCUCCAAGUGGGCCACUUCUGUUUGCUUUUCAACACACGUGUGAGCUGGUAUGUGUGUCAUGUGCACCCACGUGUGCAAGUGAGUGCAUGCACCAGUGUGAGGACGUGUUAGGCAUGUGUGUGUUGGUGUUGAAGCUUGCGUGAGCGCACAUGUGCACGUACGAGCAGGUGU